AGUGUAAAUAGCGGGGUUUGUAAACGUUUCUUGACGUUGAUGUUGGUCUGUAGGUGAAACGUCAUGUCUAAUGUUUAACUGUUUGAACUAAAUGUCCAGUUUUGGAUGAGAGGUAAAUGAGAUGCUGGCAAUUUCAUCCAAAAAUCCAAAUGAUCAAGAACUUCCAUUGCAGAACUUAAACUCUUUAAAACAAAAUAUACCAAGUACACGUAUCGUCUCAAGUUUUCCUACUCCUGAAACUGACAACACAAUUCAGAUACCGCAACCCCAGUUUUCAAUAUCAUCACAGGCCUUCAGUAUGUUUCUAACCAGGUCUAUUGAAAAAAUCGCUAGCGAACGCGAAACCCGUAAGUCUAACAAUUCAGCUGUGAAAAAGGCAUGUGAGGAGGCUCUUGUCUUGCUAAAAGAACAACCACAAGUGUUGCCGAGCAGUAAAAUCUCGUCAACAAACGAAUCUAGCACACAUCUACCACCUCUAAAAUCAGACUGUGGUAUAUUGUUGAGUGAUGAAAGACUUCUUCGUCCAUUCCAACUGGCCUGUACUAUGAAAUCGCCUAAAAUUGUCAGCACAGCAGUCGAUUCAUUGCAGAAGUUAAUUGCUUAUGGUCAUAUUCCAAACACAGCUGUUUGCUCUUCUGGAAAAGUUCGUAUAAUUGAACAAGUUGUAACUACCAUAUGUUCAUGUUUCCAAGGUGUGCAAACUGAUGAUGGCAUUCAGUUACAAAUCUUAAAGGCACUCUUAACUGUAAUCACAAGCUCAGUCGUUGAAAUUCAUGAAGCUGAUAUCCUUCUUGUUGUAAGAACCUGUUAUAACAUUUUUAUGGCAACAAAAAACCCAAUUAAUCAAGCAACAGCACGUGCAACUCUUACACAGAUUAUUAGUGUAUUGUUUCAACGGAUGGAACAAAAUGCAUUUGAAGCAGCGAUUGCAAUUAACGCACAUAUUUCUCCUCAUUCUGAUUCAACUACACCAGAUGAGUGUAACAAGCUUGAACAAUCGCCUUUGGAAAAUUCAACACAAAUAUCAUUUGAAAAUGAAUCGGAUUCGCAGAAAGAUGAAAAUAAUACUGGUGAAAAAUUAUUAAAUGGCGAUGCUCAUAUCAACAGUUGUGAUUCUCCUGAUGCUGACAAUGGCGAUAUACCUUCGAAAGAAGACAAGGAUUCUGAGUCGAAAGUUAAUGAGAUCGUGGAAAACAUUCUAUAUGACAUAAUAAAAAAAGUCACAGUAGAUGACGAAGACGAUAGUAAUUCUCUGUCAUCACCUCAUUGUAUACCAAAUUCUGAAUCGCUACCUGAUAUAUGUAAAUCAUCCAUAGAUUCGUCACGUUCUUCAUCCAUUUCAAUUUCAGUAAAUACUAGCCUUAAUCAAGAAUGGUCAAGUGGUAAUGUCACUCCUAGUAUUGUUAAUGCCACUGCUACAACUACCAAUAACAUACAUGAGUCGGAUUUAAGAGAUCCGAAUUCUACAUUAGUCGUGGAUAAUAAUUGUGAAGUUGUCACUUCAGCGCAUGUUACACAGAAGGAUGCAUUUCUUGUUUUUCGUAGCUUAUGUCGUUUGGCAGUGAAAGAUUUCACGGGUUCAGACUCAAAUGAUCCUAAAUCACAUGCUGUUCGCUCAAAAUCUUUGUCAUUACAAUUAUUACUUAAUUUGUUACAACAACCUGGUCCGUUAUUUUCAACGAGUGAAAUAUUCAUAGCUGCUAUCAAACAGUAUUUAUGUGUAGCUUUAUUUAAAAAUGGCACUUCACCAAUUGUGGAAAUAUUCGAGUUAUCUGUUGCUAUUUUUCUUGCCCUAUUAACAUAUUUCAAACCAUACUUGAAAAGACAAAUCGAAGUAUUCUUCAAAGAUGUCUUAUUACUCAUUUUAGAGUCAUCCAAGUCAUCAUAUGGGCAUAAAUUAAUUGUUAUUGAUGCAUUGAAACGUAUAUGUGGUGAUGCACAAUGCUUAGUUGAUAUUUAUCUCAAUUAUGAUUGUGAUUUAAGUAUGGCGAACAUAUUCGAACGACUAACAACAGAUUUAGCUAAAAUAGCUCAAGGACGUUAUCUAGUCGCUGAACAUGGGAAUAAUACGUCGUCAUCAAUUCAGCAACAACAACAAAUACUACGAUCUAGUGGUUUAGAGUGUUUAGUACUGAUUUUACGUUGUAUGACUGAAUGGUCCCAGGAGCUUUAUGUUAAUCCAGAAUCUCAGUCGUUUUUGGGUUCUGAACCAAUGUUGGCGAAUAGUGGCAGUAAUACUAAUACAGUAGAGAAUUCUGGUGUGGAUGGUAAUCAUAAUAUGACUUCACUAGGCACUGUUAAGCCUUAUGAUGACCCUGAAGCAUUUGAAUCUCGCAAGGCACAAAAAGAAAUUUAUGAAUCUGGAUUAGCAUUGUUCAAUCAAAAACAACCUCUUCGUUGA